AUUAGCCAUUAAGCAACACUCCGUACGUACGUGUUACAAUAAGAUUUGAAAGUCAUAGGAAUACUAAACAAAUCACAACAUCAUUUCAAAGAGACUUUUCAUUGUAUUUUUCACUUCACCCAAACUCCAUAAAUUCCCAUUUCUUUACUAUUUCAUUUAAAUUGAUCCACACAUUAUUUUUAAGUAUUAUAUAUUCCACCGUUUCGAUCGAUCAGUAUGGUUUCAUUAUUAUUAUCGGCCGCCUCUAACCCGCCUCUCAUUUUUUCCGGCGUUAAGCUUCCGAAAUUGCAGCCACUUGGAGCAAGCAGAACCCUCUUACGCUUCCCGCCUACCGCCGCUUCGGCGGCGACUCCAGCCGUCAAAGGGUCACUCGGCCUCCGGACCCAACUCCACCGCCGGCCCAAUCUCCCAUCCGUGAAAGUUCAAGAAUUUAAUGUUUAUGAGAUUGAUGAGGAAGAUCGAGACAGCCCAGCUUAUCUUAGGCUCAUGUUCAACAAAGUCAACUCUCUUGGUGAUAUUGUCUCCUUCACCAACAAGCUCUACAGCGGGGACAUGCAAACAAGAUUGGGAAUAACUAACGGAAUAUGCUUCGUGAUCACUCACGACGACAAAACUAACGGAGACCGUUUCGAGGCCGUUUUCAGCUUCUACUUCGGAGAUUACGGACAGGUGUCCGUCCAAGGGCCGUACCUGACCUACGAGAACAGUUACCUGGCCGUCACCGGCGGCUCCGGCAUCUUCAAGGGAGUCACCGGUAAAGUGAAGGUGGAGCCGCUUGCUUUAUCCCCUUCCAAGAGAUUCUACACUUUCUGGCUGAAGGGAAUUCCCGAUUUGCCGGCGCCGCUGCGCUGCACCGCCCUUCCGCCGUUCUCCACCGUUGAGCCAAGUCCGGCCGCCGUCGCUUGCCAACCUGGGUCCGCCCUCCAAAAUUUCACCGAUUGAAUAAGUCUAUUGUAGUACUCCGUAUUUCUUACGGCUUUACAAAAGGAUUUGUGGACAUGUGACAUUGUCAAAAAAUUAUUUUGAGACGAGGACGAUGCUUCAAUUUCUUUAGAAGGCAUUUGUCGCAGUUGGGCAAGAUUGGGCCGACCGCUUUUCAAGCUGUCGGGUUUUUGUUUCGCUUUGUCCUUGCCUCGAAAGAAAGGAUGACCGUGAGA